AGGUUGGAAACAUUGCAAAAUUGUUUAGAGCAAAGUUUUUAACUUCACGAUCUUUAUCUUGACGUCAGUUCAGUGUCGGCCCUGACCACAAGCAGAAGAAGCAUGAGCUUCCAGCCGACAUAAUAAUAAGUAUUUUCGCGGCCACAUAUUUAUAAAAAGUGACUUUAGCCUAGUGGUUCUAAAAGAAAUUACCAGUGCUAGAGGUGCUGAGUUCAAUUACCCCUGACUGACUUGAUGACAUGGCAUCAGAUGAGAGAAGCGAACAUAUUUAUAUAUAGAUAGAUAUGUUCAUUUUAUCGUUAAGGAAAAAUAUUUUGAGAAUCGACAUAUAAUUUUGUAUAAUUAUUUUUUAGAUUGUCAUAUUCUUAGAAGGUUUUUAUAUAGUUUUAGUUAGCAAUUUCAAGAAAAAUAGGUUUAGUAUUUUUACAUUUUAUAUUAAUAUUUCUAUUUAAACAAAAUUAAUGAAGGUGAACGACAGUAGCCAAGAACAAAAAUGGGUUCGAACGAAGGUGGUAGCCGAGGAUCACGUCAUCAUUCCCAAAAUCGAACUAGAGGACGCAAACGCAGACGCUUUUCUGGAGAGUUACGUCUCUGACCUCACUACAAUCCCGUUGGAUACCUCGAAGCCAUUAUGGGAAGUUCACUUACUUGACUUAAAAACGUCAGACGCUCAAACUGUCGUCGUUUUAAAGAUUCAUCACUCGGUCGGUGAUGGUAUGUCUCUAAUGUCUCUAGUCCACGCUUGUACGCGUAAAACAUCAAACCACGAAGAGCUCCCGAGUUUACCGAACGAGAACCGACUGUCAUCAAAAUCAAUGGCCGGUUAUUCCCGGUUAAUAUGGAUGGUUAUGUUGGUUUGGAAUACCCUUUGUGAUGCAUUGAAGUUUAUUGCUACGACAAUGUUUCUUAAGGACACUGACACACCCAUCAAAGGCGAUUUCCGGCUAAGUAAGAGUAAGCGGAUGUGUUUGGUUCAUCGUACCGUAGAUCUUGAAGACAUUAAGCUCAUUAAGAACGCCAUGAAGAUGACCGUCAACGAUGUAUUACUUGGAGUAGCUCAAGCUGCUCUCUCGGAGUACUUAGAAAGAAGAUACGGUGAGAAGGAGAAGAAAGCAGGAGAACACGAAUCUAAAAGGAAUUCAAGUAAUAUGCUUAAAGAAAUAAGGCUAAGGGCAUGUCUGCUUGUAAACAUAAGACCUACUACUGGAGUUCAGGAUCUAGCUAAUAUGAUGGCUAAAGGAUCUAAGUGUAAAUGGGGAAACUGGAUUGGCUAUAUGCUCUUUCCAUUGUCUCUUGCAUUACACGAUGACCCGUUGGAACAUCUCCGACGAGUCAAGUCGAUCAUUCAGAGGAAGAAGAACUCGUUAGAAGCUUUGCUAACCUUCACCUCUACUAAAAUCCUAAUAAAAAUGCUUGGAGUUGUGAGGGCGGCUAGUUUAACAAGCAGAACAAUAUCAAACACAACGAUGUCGUUUUCAAACUUGGUGGGUCCUACUGAAGAAGUUAGCUUAUAUGGGCAUCCCAUCACCUACAUAGCCCCGAGUGCUUAUGGACACCCCCACGCUUUGACGAUGCAUUUUCAAAGUUAUAUGAACAAGAUGACUAUUUCUUUAACCGUGGAUCCAACGGCCAUUUGUGAUCCUCAUCAGCUAUGUGACGAUUUGGAGGAAUCUCUAAGAAGCAUCAAAGCUGCUGUCCAAGAAAGAAAUGCUACUCAAUAGUUUGAAAUAUUUUCUUCUGAUUCAGGUCAAGAAAUAAUAAUCAAAACUUGAAAUGAGACAAAGAAACCAUUAGAAAAUUUCUAAAAAUGAAGACUAUAAAGGGUACUUUAUCAACUUUGUUUUGGCUCUUUUGUUCAGAAAAAGUUGUGUACAAACUUUUUUCCAAAGAAAAAAAAUCUUUAGCCAA